AUGUCCAAGGCCCAGUUCCUCCGCGAGUACAAGCUCGUCGUCGUCGGCGGUGGUGGUGUCGGCAAGUCGGCCCUCACCAUCCAGUUCAUCCAGUCCCACUUCGUUGACGAGUACGACCCCACCAUCGAGGACUCGUACCGCAAGCAGUGCAUCAUCGACGAGGAGGUCGCCCUGCUCGACGUUCUUGACACUGCCGGCCAGGAGGAGUACGGUGCCAUGAGGGAGCAGUACAUGCGCACCGGCGAGGGCUUCCUUCUCGUCUACUCGAUCACGUCGCGCAGCUCGUUUGAGGAAGUGUCGACCUUCCACCAGCAGAUCCUCCGCGUCAAGGACAAGGACUACUUCCCGGUCGUUGUCGUCGCAAACAAGUGCGACCUCGAGUAUGAACGCCAGGUCCAGCCUCACGAGGGCCGUGACCUCGCCAAGCGCUUUGGUGCCCAGUGCAUCGAGACUUCCGCCAAGCAGCGCGUUAACGUAGACGACGCCUUCGUUGCCGUCGUCCGCGCCAUCAGGCGGUACCAGCGCGAGACUGGCCCCGCCCAGGCUCCCCCUGCUGCCGGCAGCAGGCCCGGCCCUACCGGCGGUGUCGGCAGCCGCCCCGCCGAGAACCGCACCGAGGACGUUGACAAGGGAUGCUGCGGCGGUUGCGUCGUGCUCUAA